CGAGCGACAAUUAACACCCCGGAAAGGCAAAGAGAGGAGUGGGUAAAAAAAAUUAAAGGACUUACUGCAUCCACAGCAUCCUUCUCUGCUGCCAGCGAUGGAGACGGGGGUCAUUUUUCGCCCAAAGUGGCACAGUGCGCUUUGGUUUUUGCUUUUGAUGAUGUUGUGUUUUUUUCAUGUCGCCAAAGCUGAGAUAACUUGCAGGUCAUGCCAGCCUGGAAAUAAGUGGCGUGCACAGGAAUUAUUGCUGAAAUUUGACACAAGUGAAUCCUCUGCAGGGUUGAAGGGAGAAGUUUUUGGACAUGGAGACGGGGCAGGGAGAGCCGGGGCAGGGAGAGCCGGGGCUGCAAGUGCCGAAAGUCGGCGGCUCCGUUGUGCAGCUGGCUCCGCUGAAUGCGCUCCAGACCGGGCGGAAUACGCGGAGCCAAAGCUGAAACGGAAUACAGGCAACCGGCGCGCAGAAGACGACGGUGGUGAGAGUGAGUUUGAAAAGAUUAAAGUUUCAUAUGUCAAAAUGAGUGGUCAGCAGAAGACCAGCGACGGUGCCGGUUUCACCUCUGCCACCCGAUACAAAAAGCGCACCAAAAGGAACAGUGCUGAUGAUAAAGUCAGAGCCCCCGGUUCAGCCCAGAGUCUGGACCCGGGAGAGGACAGCAGCUCGGCGGCUGGACGCAGAGUGACGCGCUCUGAAUUGCGCUGGAGCGGAGAUGAGCGGAGAGCCGGUGGUCCGAGGCAGGAUGAGCUAAAACUUAAUAGUUCGACGUUCGCCUUGACUGGGGAUUCAUCUCACAAUCAGGCUAUGGUGCACUGGUCCGGACAGAACAGCAGCGUGAUUUUGAUGCUGACCAAACUAUUUGACUUCAACCUCAACAGUGUGACUGAGAGUUCAUUAUGGAGGUCAACUGACUACGGAGCAACGUACCAGAAGCUGAAUGACAAAGUGGGACCAAAGACAAUACUCAGUUAUUUGUACGUGAGCCCGAACAACAAGAGGAAGAUCAUGCUGCUAACUGACCCAGAGGUGGAGAGCAGUCUACUGAUCAGCUCCGAUGAAGGAGCGACCUAUCAGAAGUACCGGCUGAACUUCUACAUCCUCAGCCUGCUCUUCCAUCCCGAGCAGGAGGACUGGAUUCUGGCCUACAGCCACGACCAAAAGCUCUACAGCUCGGUGGAGUUUGGGAGGAGGUGGCAACUGGUGCAUGAGAGAGUGGCUCCUAAUCGCUUCUACUGGUCGAAAAUGGGUUUGGACAAAGAGCCGGGCUUAAUUCACCUGGAAACCAGCAUCUCUGAAGGACAGGCACUGUACGUCACCUGCAAGCUACAGAACUGCACAGAUGCCAACAAGGGCAAACCAUUCCCCGGCUACAUUGACCCCAAUUCUCUGGUGGUGCAAGAUGAGUAUGUGUUUGUCCAGGUAUCAACGGCGGGGAGGCCAAUCUACUACGUGUCUGCUAAAAGAGAUGUCUUUACCCCCAUGAAGCUGCCCAAGUACACCCUGCCCAAGGACCUGCAUGUGAUCAGCACAGAUGAGAACCGUGUGGUGGCAGCCGUACAGGAGUGGAACCAGAACGAAACCUACAACCUGUACGUGUCGGACACGUCGGGGGUCUACUACACUCUGGCUCUGGAGAAUGUGGUCAGCAGCAUGGGCCCCGAGGGCAACGUCAUGGUCGAUCUGUACGAGGUGGCGGGAAUUAAAGGGAUGUUCCUAGCCAACAAAAAGACGGAUAACCAAGUAAAGACGUACAUCACCUACAACAGAGGCAGAGACUGGAGGCUGCUGCAGGCCCCGAGCAAAGACCUAAGGGGCAACAGCAUUUACUGUGUGCUGCCAUACUGUUCGUUACAUCUCCAUCUUCACGUGUCUGCAAAUCCCUACACAUCUGGAAACAUCGCCAGCAGGGACUCGGCGCCGGGGAUCAUUGUUGCAUCAGGCUCAAUUGGCUCAGAGCUGACCACCAGCAAUGUCAGUGUGUACAUCACCUCAGAUGCAGGAAACACAUGGAGACAGAUCUUCGAUGAGGAGUAUGCAGUGCUCUAUCUCGACCAAGGAGGCGCCUUAGUUGCAAUAAGACACACUCCACUACCCAUCCGACACCUGUGGUUGAGCUUUGACGAAGGACGGCAGUGGAACAAGUACAGCUUCACCAACACGCCUCUGUUCGUGGACGGGGUGCUGGGAGAGCCCGGGGAAGAGACUCUCAUCAUGACGAUAUUUGGCCACGUCAGUCAUCGCUCAGAGUGGCAGCUGGUGAAAAUAGACUUCAGGUCCAUCUUCAACAGGAGGUGUACAGAGGCGGAUUAUCAGACGUGGCACCUGCACAACCAGGGCGAGCCGUGCCUCAUGGGAGUGAAAAGAAUCUACCGAAAACUGAAGCCCACGUCCAGGUGCGUUAUGGGAAAGACGUACUCUGUGUCGAUGACGUCCGGCCCCUGUGAAUGCACAGAGGCUGACUUUGAGUGUGAUUAUGGCUACGAGAGACGGACCGAUGGCAGGUGCACCCCCGCCUUUUGGUUCCAUCCGUCAUCGAUGUCUAGGAGUUGCACCACCGGGAUGACUUUCCUUAACAGCACCGGCUACAGGAAAGUGGUCUCUAAUAACUGUACAGCCGGAGUCCUUGUGGAGUACACAGCCAAGAGGCAGCAGUGUCCGAUCCAAGCACCCAAAGGUCUCCACCUGGUCACCAGUGAGGGCACGCUGACAGCCACAUUAGGCACCAAUGUCACCUUCCUUGUUUUUCUGGAGGAGGGCGACGGGGCAAGGACAAGCAUCACGCUGGACUUCGGAGACGGCCACGCUCUGACGUACUCCAACGUGAGCUCCAUUGAGGACGGGAUCAAGCACAUCUACAAAGCUGUGGGAAUCUACCGGGUGACUGCCACCGGGGAGAACAACCUCGGUUCAGAGACUGCCAUGCUCUACCUGCAUGUAACAUGUCAGCUGGAGUAUAUCCAUCUCUCAGCUCCCUUUGUGGCAGUGAGGAAUAAGGAAGUGAACCUGACUGCCGUACUGUGGCCCAGCCAAGUGGGAACGGUCACCUACAUCUGGUGGAUCGGAAAUAACACAGAGCAGCCAGUAAUCACCCUAGAGGGAAGUGUGGCAUGCACGUUCUCCCGGGAAGGCAUCAAUACAGUCACUGUGCAGGUGUCUGCAGGGAAUACUAUUCUGCAGGACAGAAAAAUCAUCGCUGUCCACGAAUAUUUCCGAUCUCAUCUGCUCGCCUUUUCAUCAAACGUCGACGACCACAACCCUGAUGUUGCAGAAUGGAGGCUGGAUGUGAGCCGAGUCAUCAAGAACGCUCUGAUCCAGGCAACAGGCGUGAGAGAGGACCAGCUUCUGGUCACCGUCCUCCCAGGUUUACCCACCACAGCAGAGUUUUUCCUCCUGCCUGACAAACAGCUAACUGAGGGGAAACCAGAGAAGAGCUCUGCUCAUUUAGAUCAGCUCUCUGAGGUUUUGCUCAGCGCCUUGAAUCAAAACCUUGUCCAGUUCACGUUGCGGCCAGGAGUCCAAGUCACUGUGUAUGCAGCACACCUGUCAGCAGCGCCCCUAGUGGACACCAGCGAGAAUCACAGUGGCUCUGCCAUGCUAAUGCUGCUAUCAGUAGUGGUUGUGGGUUUAGCUGUGUUUGUCAUCUACAAAUUCAAGAGGAAGAUCCCAGGCCUCAACGUCUAUGCGCAGAUGCAGAAUGAAAAAGAACAAGAAAUGAUGAGUCCAGCUAAUCCAUCGGAGGCCACGCCCAGCUCACAGCGGGACUUGGUGCAUUCUUUGGAGAUUCUGGACACAGAGUUUAACUCGCGGCCCAUCGAAGUGAAACUGUCCGACCAGGGGCUGAACCAGAGCUAAACAAAAAAAUGAGGAUGAUGAAAAGUACAGUUGGUUCUCAGUAGCGCAAUUAACACAUAGUUCUGUUCAGUACUGUCGCUCUUUAAUCAGCUGAGAAUACAGAUGAGUGACAAAUGUAAGGAAACCAAAAUCCAACUGAACGAGCCUUAGAAAGGUGGAGUUCCACCAAAACCCCUCAGAUCAACUUCAGUACACCUCAGCAUAGAUCACUGCCAUAAAGAGGCAGUCAGCUGGGUGGAGAUACGGUGGCUGUUAAGGCCAUAGCAUAUGAUUCGCAUCAUUUUCAUAUUCAUCAAACAAUCCAGUGAGCCCUUGCAUUGUAUAUGGCUCUAUCUCUGCGCUCAUUUAUUCAGGAUAUCCCUGUGAUUAGUCACCUGUCUGUAUAUUCUCUGUUAUAUACAGUUAUAUUUACUUCAAAGUUUUCCCUUUAAAGUGAGACUGUGUCUGUUUUAAUAGAAAACAUAACACAUUCUGCCUCUUACAAAUAACGUUCUAAAUUUGUAGGUAUCAAAAGGCAUUUUUCACCAUCUCAGUACUCUCAGGGAGUUUUGCCAGUACUGACUCUAACCCUAACCUAUGGUCUGGUACGACCAGAAGCUUACGGUGGCUAACGUUAGCGACAUUUUUGUCAUGUAGUUGUGUAAAUGUUGUACUUUAUCCCUUGUGGCGACAGCGGUUUCUGUUCGAUGAGUGUCUGUACUCUCACUCUUAACAGCUGCUUUUCACUCCUCAUCGCCCUCACUCAUCCAAUCUAAAACUUAAUGCAUAUUAUCUUCAGCGUCUAAUACUUCUACUAAAACUUUAGCAUGGCUGUUGGAUAAACUACUUUUAAGUUGGCUCGUGUAGCAAAAACACACUUUAAAGCUGCACUAAUGAAUAUUUUUUACAUUUACAGAGACUCAAAUUACGAUGUGUAAUGCGAACGGAGCUGCUUGUAGUGAUGAAACCAAAGAGAAUGUUACCCUGCUCUGCAGCUCCCCUCAGCUCUGUGACUCCUCAGAGCUUCUUAUAGCUCAUUGUUGCGGUUUUCUGGCCCAUAAAUUCUUCUUCUCUUCAGCCUUAUUUCCUGCCGCAGCAGGCAGCUGUUUAUUAUGGAAAAGCUCGGAUAAAGCCACUGUAGGCUUCUUCUCAGCAGCAGACAGAGUCAGAUGUUGUUCUCAGGAGAUGGUGAAGACCGAAACAGAAACAGGUCAAACUGAUAAUGGCUCUGAUGUUGUGUUUUCAGCUUUCAGAAUCACUUAAUGCAGCUUUAAAGUGACACCUGUUAUAAUGAGACCAGCUACAGCUUCUAGACUUGCUGAGCUUCUAGCAACGAAGUAUCCUUAGAUACCCAUGACUUUCUAUUUCCUGUUUUCCCUCAGGAUGUAUGAAACCCCAUGUACAUGUGAAAUUCUCCACAGAACUCCCCACGUACAUCGUCUGAACUCUGGACUGGAUUACCACUCCAGCUACGUCAUGGAUAUUUUUUUACCAUUUGGGACACAAUGGUUUUGAGCUUUAUACCUGUGCAUGUUGGACCCGCUGACACAUACUGUGCUCUGUUCAAACCAGAAGAAACUGUGUACAGGUUUUUCAUUUUUCUUUUUAACAUUACGUCUGACACAUUAAACAUUUGAAAAAAUGUCAUUUUAUUUAUACAAGUGAGAUAGUUAAUCUGGAGGGACAGCCAGCAUGAACAGGUGAGGGGGGGGGGGGGUGUAGUAAGCAACAACGAUUUGAUUUUGCUUAAGUAUCUGAGAUUGGUUUGCUGUUCUAUGACGCUAACAGCAGUAGUGUAUUAUUUAUUCAUAUGAAUAUACUUUUAUGAAGUAUGUUAUUGAAGUGAAUUACACAUUUAUUUUGUAAAUCAUGAAUGUCUAUGUUAGAAAUUUGUGUAUUUUAAUAACAAAUGUCAUACUAAACAUAAAUGCUGUUAUAAAAUAUGAAUAGGGUACUUCAAAGCUUUUGGUCCAUUGUCUCUUGGAAAGCUGAUUUAUGGCACAAUACACAUUUUCUACUGAAAUAUUUCUUUUUUUUUCUGAUUUUAAUUUAUUAACAAAAUAUACAGGGUUUGGUUUUCUGGAUUAAUUUAAACUUUGCUGUUAAUCUUCUGCUUCUGGUACUAUUUAUGAUACAUACCAGUUUGUAAAAUGUUUUGUGCUUCAGAAUAGGAGAGCACUUCAUGGAGAAGGAGCUAAGCUGCACCUUCCGACUGCAGAUGAUCCCUAAAUAUCACCAGACAUUACACC